AAUUAUAGUUGAAAAAUAUUUAUAAAAUAAUUGUUGCAUAUGAGAUUAUAAAAAAAUAAGUUGGGAUAGAGGAACUUAUUUUUUUGGGAGCUUAUAAGCUCUUGGAGCUUAAAUUUGGAGCUUAUAAGCUGUUUAAGAACUUAUUUUGCCAAACACUUUGAAGGAGCUUAUAAGCUCCUAAACAACUUAUAAGCCCCCCCACAUUACUCUUUAUAGUCCCCUAUUUAAAAAUAAAAAUAAAAAUAUUAAUAAAAUUACAAUAUUGUCCCUAUUUUCAUCUCUGUAGCCCCAUUUAGUGCAAAUACCCAGAAACAUGAUAGCUUUACGGAAGAAAAAAUCACCAAAUUUUUUCUCUCCCUUCAUCAACCAAGUUACCAAUCAAAUGUAAAUUUACAAGAUGCAUCACAUUUCAGAAUUGGAGAAAAUGAAUAGACAAGGAAUUUGCUCUGUGGUUGAUUGUUAUGUUCAUCUUUUCCUCUUUUUCUUAUUAUCUUGUUUCCAGCCUCUUAAUCUUCAUAUUAACUUUCGUUGCUUUUUUCGAAGCAAUAGUUUCACAAACACCAUCACCUCGUGCGAAUAAGGCUUCCUUUUGAGAUAGUAUAAUUCUUCUGCAAUGACGUGAAUUGAGACCCUUUCUCAAAUUCUCCUUAAUAGUCGUCAUUACCCCUCACAAUUGCUUCAACAAUUCGCAUGUUUUUAUCAAAAUUAUGGUGAUAUUCCUAAUUAAUCAUGUUUCAAAGUGUUUGAUUUUAAUUGUAAUAAUUUAUGUGCUUAUCCAAAAUUUUGAAAUCGUUCAGAUGAAUUUGCAGAAUGAAAAAUGCAUUAUAAUGGUCUGUUAAUGUCGACCAAAAAAAUUAAACGAAAAGAUAAUUAAUUUAAAUUGAAAGCUAUUGGGGUAUAAUAGUAUAUUUAUUAAUAUUUUUAUUAUUUUUUUUUAUUAAGGGGUUAUGAUGAGUAAAAUGGGGGCUAUGUUUAGAAUGACCCUUUGAGGAGCUUAUAAGUCCAGCCAAACACCCUCUAAGUGGGGGCAGGCCCAAUAUCAUCUGGCCCGGUUUAUAUGAUGGAUCGAGCCCACAACGCAGUCCAAAUUCUUUACGGCCCCGACCCACUUUUAUAUGUGAUGAAUUGGUUCCCCACGUCUACGGAUAGAGGGUGGGGGAUCUCUUUAGGCCACAUCAGCAACGCUGCUCAAUCCUGUUAUGUCUUUCCACGCGCGCAACCAUAGCCUCGUCUCCUCUAGCUCUUCAACUCCACGGUCUCCAGUUAAACCAAUCAAAGCCUAUUUCUUUAGCAGAAAAAUCAUUGGCCUUGAUCAUCUGAUAUUUAAUGAUUAUUAUACAAGGAAGAAAGGCCGUGUAAGAAUAUCCGAUUUAGAAAAUGGUAAACUUAGUGUUAGCUACAGGUUCUCAGAUUCACAAAAGCAAUCCAUCAUCCUUUGCAAAUUGAGGAGGCUAGAUCGUCUCCGGCCUUUGGCUUCUGCUGAUGAUGGUGUGACAGUCAAUGGAAGUUCUCAGUCAAGAACCAACAGUGAUAUGGAAGAAAUAAGGUAUAAAUUGAAUCAGUCUCUGCAAGAUGAAGACUACAAUACUGGCUUGGUACAGUUACUGCAUGAUGCUGCAAGGGUGUUUGAGUUGGCCAUUAAAGAACAAAGCUCUUUGUCGAAGAUAUCGUGGUUCUCUACUGCCUGGCUUGGAGUGGACAAAAAUGUUUGGGUUAAAGAACUUGCUUAUCAGGCAUCUGUAUUCUCUCUUCUGCAAGCAGCGAGUGAGAUUUCAUCUCGAGGGGAUGGAAGAGACAGAGAUAUCAAUGUAUUUGUGCAGAGAAGCCUGUCGAAGCAAUCUUCUCCUUUAGAGAGUGUAAUCAGGGAUAAGUUGUUGGCGAAACAGCCUGGAGCUUAUGACUGGUUUUGGUCUGAGCAAAUCCCAGCUGCAGUGACCAGCUUUGUGAAUUAUUUUGAGAAAGAGCAGCGUUUUGCCCCAGCAACUGCAGUGUUCAGAAAAGGCAUGAACUCAGUUUCAGGCAGUUCAAGUGACAUAUCUCUUCUCAUGCUAGCUCUUAGUUGCAUUGCAGCCAUCAUGAAACUUGGACCCACAAAAGUUUCUUGUGCUCAAUUCUUUUCCAUUAUUCCUGACAUAACUGGUAGACUGAUGGACAUGAUGGUUGAAUUUGUUCCUGUUCGCCAAGCUUACCACUCGAUAAAGGAAAUUGGGCUGCGUAGGGAAUUUCUCGUCCAUUUUGGUCCUCGAGCUUCUGCAUGUAGGAUGCAAAAUGAAUUGGGUGCUGAAGAGAUUACGUUUUGGGUGGGUCUAGUACAAAGACAGCUGCAGCGAGCCAUUGAUCGGGAGAAAAUAUGGUCAAGACUCACAACCUCUGAAAGUAUUGAGGUUUUGGAGAGGGAUUUGGCCAUAUUUGGGUUCUUCAUUGCUCUUGGAAGAAGCACACAGUCACUUCUGUUCAACAAUGGCUUUGAAACCAUGGAUGAUCCACUUCAAGGAUUAAUAAGGCAUCUAAUUGGGGGCAGUGUGCUAUAUUAUCCUCAGCUUUCAGCAAUUAGUUCUUAUCAACUGUAUGUGGAGGUUGUGUGUGAAGAGCUGGAUUGGCUUCCUUUUUAUCCAGGCUACAGCAGUAAUUCCAAACGCACGUUCGGACACAAGCAUGUAGAAGGCCCCCCCAAUGCUGAAGCUAUUCCCCUGGUAUUAGAUGUGUGCUCUUACUGGAUAGAGAGCUUUAUUAAGUACAGUAAAUGGUUGGAGAAUCCGUCUAAUGUGAAGGCAGCUAAAUUUCUUUCUAAAGGUCACGAAAAAUUGAAGACAUGCAUGGAAGAGCUAGGAAUCCAAAGGUCUCAUUCACCAGUUGAUAAAGAGUCACAAUCAUUUGAUAAGGAAUUGGAGAAUGUUGAAGUUUCCCUUUUACGGCUCGAAGAAUUGCUUCAGGAGCUACAUGUAUCAAGAUCUAAUUCUGGUAAGGAGCAUUUAAAAGCUGCCUGUUCAGACCUUGAAAGGAUACGGAGACUGAAGAAAGAGGCUGAAUUUCUUGAGGCUUCUUUCAGAGCUAAGGCUGCUUGUAUUCAGCAGGGAGAUGUCGGUGGUUCUAGAACUCCAGUUGGUGAGCAGACAUAUUAUUCCGGAGGGAAAGUUGGUGAAAGUUCUCUUAAGAAGAUAGAUAAGCGUAGCGGCAGUUCUGGUGGAUUAUGGGGUUUCUUAAUAGGCCGCCCUAGCAAAUUAUCUGGUCUGGGAUCUUCAACUGCCAGUGACAGUAAUGAUAUGUUUUCUGAACAAGAAACUGCACGUGAAGAAGCAACUGAUUCAGAGUCAAGUGAAAUCCAGCGAUUUGAAAAUUUAAGGAGUGAACUGAUGGAACUUGAGAAACGAGUACAAAAAAGUGCCAACCGCUUUGAAUUUGAAGAGGAUGAAAUUCAGGUGAAAGGUGAUUUGUCUUCUUAUGGCAAUGAUGAUAAAUUCACCAAGUUGGUGCACAUUGAGAAGAAAGAUGGUCUUAUUGAGAAAUCUCUGGAUAAGCUGAAAGAAACAAGCACGGAUGUCUUGCAAGGAACUCAGCUUCUUGCAAUUGACACUGCUGCUGCUCUGGGACUGCUUAGGAGGGUGCUAAUAGGGGAUGAAUUAACGGAAAAAGAAAAACAGGCUCUUCGAAGAACAUUGACGGAUUUGGCAUCAGUAAUUCCAAUCGGUGUUCUGAUGCUCAUUCCUGUUACUGCAGUUGGUCAUGCUGCUAUGUUGGCUGCAAUUCAACGCUACGUGCCAUCAUUGAUACCUUCAACAUAUGGACCUGAGAGGUUAGAUCUCUUGAGGCAGCUGCAGAAAGUAAAAGAAAUGGAAGGUGAAGUAGGUGUGAACGAAAGUUCCGAGGAAUAAUCUCAACAUAGAUCUUCUCCUUCGAUGCUGCAGAAUCAACAUUAUAUCGCAAAUCCCAUUGCUCACUGCGUGCUACUCCAGGCAAGCAAGGACCAUAUUAUGUGUCCUUAUAGAUGAUUUCCGUUUCAACAACUGUCUGAAUAUUGGAUGUUUGAAAACUGAGGCAUCGCUAGUUGUACUGUGUUGUAUGGAAAUCUUGUAAAUUAAUUUUGCACUCUCCCUAUAUAGCAUGUUUGUAACAUGGCAUCUAUAAAUAUAAUAUUAGAUGCUAGGUAUAUGCAUAUAUGCAAGAAACUCAAGGGCGAAAUGGCUAGUAUAUUGGUUCGUGUCAACUUUCGGUUAGUUUUAUGGUAUAUUAUGUUAGUUAUAUUA